CUCAGGAGCAGAGCAUUCACCUUUUAACUUUGUUUUAGACUGCGAGGCCUCCGGCGGAGCCACCGUAGACCCUUUGGUUGGGCAGCACGGUAUUGUUUUCGAGCUGCGGGACCGGUGAGUCGGAGUCACCCCAUCGAAGUUCCAUCACAGGAGAUAGAAUCGGUCCACCAGACGAGGACAGCUGCCCUCCCUGAGGUUUUCCACGCACAUACUUCCUCACAGCAGUGCUCCUGCUCAGUUUCCGCCAGUCGGCGCAAUGAAGAUGUCCAUCUGUCUCCCUCAACUUUUCCUCCAACUCCUCCCGUUCCUCAUUCCAUGGGGCAAAACAAAUGGGGCUCAAGAGACGGAGGGCCCCCUGGAGAUCCACCUUGUCGCAGGGCAGCAACUGGAAGGGGACGCACCAAGGACAGCCACCCUCCCGCGGGACCUGGUGGGGAAGAACACCGACUUUGGCUUUGAGCUCUUCCGAAGAAUCACCUCCAGGCACGACGGCAAUGUCAUCGUCUCCCCAAUCUCAGCGACGUACGCCAUGAUGGCCCUGAUGCUCUCUGCUCGUGACCCAAGCUCACAGCCCUGGGGAGACACUGAGACGUCUCUCCCGCUCCGGUUCCUUGGACAGCUCGGGGGCAUCCUCUUUGGAAACCACAACCUCUCUCUCAACCGGGGGAGCUUCGCUUUUGUCGACAGACACUUGGAAAUCGAGGAGACCUUCCUCAACCUGAGCAGAAGCUACUUCAACAUGAAGUACGUACCUGUGGACUUUGGUGAUAUGGCAGAGACCAGGGCAAUCAUCAACCGUCAUAUAGAGAAGGAGACUCAAGGAAAGAUCCCAGUGCUCCUGCAGGACAUUGAGCCUGAUGUUCGAGCAAUCCUAGCAGACUACAUGUUCUUCAAAGGGAAAUGGCUGCACCCAUUCGACCCUUCUGACACCGGACUGGAAGCCUUCCACCCGAGUAGGUACAGCACCAUCCAAGUGCCCACCAUGUCCCAGGUCAACGACUUCGCCUCAACAUACGAUCGGGACUUGGGGUGCACCGUGCUCAGGCUCCCCUUCAAAGGGAAGGCGAGCAUGCUGGUGAUCAUGACGGACAUCCCUGGGGAGCACCUCUCCAUUGAGGACUACUUCACUGUGGAACUGGUGGACACCUGGCUAAGCCGCAUGGAAGUCCGCCAAAUGGAGGUCUUCCUGCCAAAGUUCAAGCUGGAUCAGCAACACAAGAUGCACCAACUGCUGAAGAGGAUGGGAAUUAAAAGCAUCUUCUCCCAGGGGGCGGACCUCAGAGGAUUCGCAGCUCCAAAAGAGGCUUUCAAAAUCUCUAAGAUUGUGCAGAGCGCAGCUAUCGAGAUGGACGAGACUGGGGCAACAGCAGCGGUGGCAACGGUGUCUGAGAUCACAGCCUAUGCAAUGCCUCCCAUCCUCAGGGUGGAUCGGCCCUUCCAUUUUAUGAUCUAUGAAGAUGUCUCAGGGACACUACUCUUCAUGGGCAGAGUCGUUGACCCAUCACGACUCUGACACAUCCGUCUAUGUGAGCCAUGGCAUGGUUCAACACGGACCCUUCCACGAGGACCCCUGGCCAGCUCAGAUGGCCAUUCUCUUGAGGUUCCCCAGAGUGGACGUCUGACCUGGAGUCUCUCAGGCCCAAAGAAGGGGCGGCAGGGUAAUAAAAAAUUGAAGCGACAAUC